AUGCUGGGUUCGCUGCCCGAGCAGCACCCGGCCGGCAACGGGCUGCCGGGCUUCAGCGUGGAGAACAUCAUGACCCUGCGGACAUCCCCCGCGGGGGACCUGAGCCCGGUGAGUGCCGCCUCGGGCAGGACGGGGACCGGCAUGCCGCUGGUUUACCCCACGUCGGGGCAGCCGUCGGGUUACAGCGCGGCGUGCAGCCAGGCGCUGGACACUAGUGGGAGCUACCACUGCAGCAUGCGGGCCAUGAGCCUGUACAGCGGCGAGAGGCCGGGCCACAUGUGCGUGCCCCCCGCGGCGCUGGAGGAAGGUUUGGCCGAGCAUCCCACCGGCGCCCCGUCGCCCCUCGGGGCCCUCAGCCUGCCGUCUGGGCAAGAGGGAGCUUUGGGAGCCGGGCAUCCGCACGGAGGAACUGCGGCGGGGCAAUCCGCAGCCUCGUGGUACCUCAAUCACGGAGCCGAGCUGAGCCACCUGCCCGGUCACACGUUCGGGUCUCAGCAGCAGACUUUCCCUAACGUGCGGGAAAUGUUCACGUCGCAUCGGUUGGGGAUGGAGAGCGAACAUCAGGUGAGCAGCAACUCCGCCUGUCAGAUUCCCUACAGGUCCGCGCCUUCCCUAUAUCGGCACGCCGCCCCCUAUUCUUACGACUGCACUAAGUACUGAUUAGCUCCCCCCCCUCCUCAA